UGAAUUUUGCACAUGUAUAAAUUAUUCCAAAUUGCACGUGAAACUUAAAACUGGUAAACAAGUUGAAGAAAGAAUUACACUUACAGUCAUUACUUCUUCUGUCUAAAGAAGAUUUAUAUGAGGAAUGUUGCACGUGUUGUCACACGGAAUGGCUGUAAGAUCUUCAUUUCUCACCAUUAGUCCUUACACUAGGACGCUAAAAAAUAUAGCAUCACACCUAACUUUGGAGGACCUUUCCUCAAUAAAGCUAAUCCUCCAGACUGAAAAUUGGUUCAAGAAAAAAACUCUGGAUGAGUUGAAGAACCCACAGGAAUUAAUACGACUUCUUCAAGGAAGGUCGUUGAUAUCUACUGAAGAUUCCCAUUUUUUGUCAACUCUUCUGAAAGAAAUUCACCGCAAGGACCUAGCCAAAAUGCUUCAAAGGGAUAUUGGAUCAGACAUAUGCCAAGACUGUGACCAGAAGAAGACUGCCCGUGAAGAGGACACGGGAGGAUCUCAGCCACUCUCUCAAAUGAGCGUGGAUGAAUGUGAUGAAGAUGACAAUGAGGUCAUCAUGUCCAGUCAAAGUAGUCUCUCAGACGAAGAGAAACUACAAGUUCUGAACAUAAAGAAAGUGUCUGACUGUCAGUGACAUUAUGAUAAGCAUUAGACUUGUAAGUCUGCUCCUCUGUGAUACAAGUUCUUAACAACAUCCUGUACAGCCAUUGAAAAUUACCACUGCCAAAAUUUUGUAGGGUAGUUCAGACAUGAGGGUUUUUUUUCACAGAAAAAAAAUCCUGGCAUUUAUGGUUCAUGCCCAAGGUGUCUUCACAAAAAAAAAAAUAGAAUCUCUUUAAAAUAGACAACAUAGCAUUAGACCCGUUAGAGAUACAGCUAGCUUU